AUGUUUCAUUCCAUCAUCAUUCUCUCUCUCACAUGUUUGGCCCUCUCCGCAGCUCAGCCCGCCACGCACAUUAGCGUGCUAGGUUCUGUAUAUUGCGACGUAUGUUCUCAGAAUACUUUCUCCAACCAUAGCUACUUCUUGCCAGGUGUCGAUGUUAACAUCGAGUGCAAAAUGAAAAGAAGAUGGGCAAGGAGCAGGGAAGAUAUAUCAUUCUCAGUGAACAGAAGCACAGAUAGAUUUGGAAUCUACAGAGUGGAGAUUCCUUGUGUUGAUGGAAGCGUCGACUGCACCCGACAUCCCACCAUCCAGUCACUGUGCAAGGCAACUUUGCUCCCUCUCUCCGCACCCAUCACCACCUGCAAUCUCCCAGCCGUGAAAACCAUUUCAUCGCACAUUACACUAAGAUCAAACCGAACCAAUGCCUGCACCUACACCUUAGGCGCCUUGACUUACAAACCACCACAGAGAAAUCUCACUCUUUGUGGGAUUCCCAGUCCAACAUUAUUCAAUACUUCCAAGUUUUUCUUUCCUCCUUACAGCGUAUUCCCUUGGCCACCGUUGCCUCCACUUCCUCAGCUCCCCCCGCUGCCUCAACUUCCGCCACUGCCUCAGCUUCCACCACUGCCUCAACUUCCACCAUUGCCUCAGCUUCCCCCUUUCCCUUAUUUCCCAUUUCCUCCAAAUCCUCCGUCUUUGCCUUUUCCAUUUCCAUCUGUUCCUCCUCCUCCUGCAUCACCACCGAUGUUCAAUUUCUGGGAUCCGAAUACAUGGUUUCCGCAUCCUCCCCCUACCAAUCCAUAGCUCUAUCAUCUAUUUCAUCUUCUAAGUAUAGUGAAAACUACACGAUAACAUCUAAUUGUACCUACAUUUUUGCUGAUUCAGACUGUCUCAGAUAAUUGUUGUAAAUUAGUAAAAUCAUAUUGUGACAAUUUUAUAAGAGAACCA